AUGGACAUUCACCCGCCCUCACUCGAAUCGCUCCAAAGAGGGGUGACUGAUCUAGCAACGACAUAUCAUGACCGGGGAUGGACGAGCGCAGCCACAGGCCUGGAAGAAGCCCUCAAAACCGCCGAAGGACGAGUCUCAACAGACGCGAAUCUCGACGCAACGAUAACAACACUGGAAGAGCUGGGUGCACUGAUGAAAGCCUGUCUACGCGGCAAGCUAUGGAUCAUCGCGGAAGACCUGGGUAUCCUUGUGCUGGAGACCAGUGAAGCCCUGAAAGGUGAACGAGACCCGAUGACAAUGACUGCCAUGAAUAAUCUGGCAUCUGCAUAUUGGGGCCGGGGACAACUGGAUCAGGCGGCUGCUCUUGCGUUGCGAGUGACGAAUCUUCGAAGAACAUUGCUUGGCGAGUCACAUCCGCAGACGUUGACUUCGAUGACGAAUUUGGCGUCCACGUAUCGGAGUCAGGGGCAUUGGUCUGAGGCUUUGAAGCUUGAUUUGAAGACGUUUAAGAUGAAGAAAGAGUCGCUUGGUGCGACGCAUGCAUCGACGUUGGGAUCGAUGGCGAAUUUGGCGAUCUCCUAUACGAACCUUGGUCAGUAUGACGAAGCGGAGUCAAUUACACGUGAGUUGGUUGAUUUGGGAGAGGAAGCGCUGUCUCCGACUGAUGCGUCGCUAUUAAAUUGGAAGUUGAGCCUGGCGUCGACGUAUCGAGACCAGGGGAGGCUGGGCCCCGCUGAGAAACUCGACCGCGAGGUCGUUGCUGCCAGUCGGGCUUCGUUAGGUGCGGAGAAUCCCUUCACACUCACUUCCAUGGCCAACCUUGCGUCCACUUAUCGGGAGCAGGGUCGAUGGCCGGAUGCUGAGCGUCUUGAGAAGGAGGUCGUGUCGACUAGUGAGACAGUGCUUGGCGAGACACAUCCGCAGACUCUCAUGUCCAUCAGUAACCUUGGCUCUACCUAUCGAAGUCUGGGUCGGUUAGAAGAGGCCAAGCGCCUUGGCGAAAAGGCGACAACAGUUAUGAAGGAUGUUCUCGGCGAGCGUCAUCCAUACACGUUAGUCGCCAUGGCCGACCUAGCCGUGACAUAUCACCUGAAGCAGCAGUCGCCCGAUGCCGAAAUACUCGCAGCCCGGUCACUGCGCUUGAUGGAGGAGACCAUCGGCAAAGACCAUCCAUAUACCCUCAGCGCCAUGGCCAACCUAGGCUCGAUAUACCAGUCGCAGAGCAAGUGGGAUGUCGCAGGGGGAAUGGCGGAGACGGUGUACGCGGGCAGAGAAAGAGUAUUUGGAAAAGACCAUCCAGACACUCUCGCGGCACUGGAAGAUUUGAGAAGAGUAGCCUGGGUAGAAGCGGCGGAUCAGAAUGCACAGUCAACGUUGAAUUAG